AUUAUUCAUUGUCAGUAAUGAAGCUGAAAAAACGUCCAAUGAAGCUGGCGGCGAAACCAAAGCCGAAGCAGCCAACGGAGAAGCUGGGAAAAGCACAGAAGAUGAAGCUGAAAGAAGAUAAUUUGGCUAGCGCGGAAAAGAUUAUGGCUCAAUUUGAGAGCGGUGCCGUGCACACGAACAAGAAGAAGCAAGCACAAAAUGGAGCAGCCAAGCCGGUGGCCCAUAAACCUGCGAACCCGGAAAACUCUAAUCAGAAACGUCAAUUCAAGAAAAUUCUUGGACAAGAUGGUAUUCUAGUUAAACAUCAAGAAGGAACCAAAUGGUAUAGCUAUCAAAUCGAUCAUGUUCAUGAUGAAAAGACCGAAAAAAUGAAUGCAUCGGAGAUUCAAAAGCUUCUUGAAGAGGGAAAGGAUGAGAUGGCUCAAGAUGCAGCUCUGCUCCAGACGAAGGAGAAACAAGAUAAUGGAUCUGAAGCUUCGUGGUUGUAUUCAGUGAUUUCAAAGGGAACAGCUACUGAUAAGAGAACUGCAAUGCAACUUCAAAUGCACAAAUCUCCCGUUCACUCUUUGGAAUAUAUCGAGAAACUUAUUGCUUCGUGCAAAAAGCAGGGAACCAGAGAUGUCGUUGACAUCAUUCCUAUUCUCGAGGACGUUUUCAUCAAUCACUGUCUCCCAGAAAAUCGAAAGUUGAUUCCAUUUUCCAAGCGUGCAUUGAGAGAGCUCACCGAGCUCUCAUCUGGAAAUCAACGUUUGCGUCGAAAAAUUUUGCUGAUGUGGGCUUUCGAGCAUGAGCUCAAAAUUCUUUACCAACAAUUUAUUGAAACUCUCGUUGAAAUUAUUAAAAGACCAUUGGAAGAAGUGAUUAAAAGAUCGUUGAAAACUCUUGCGAAUUGUUUGAUGGGACGGCCCGAAUCUGAGAAUCUUAUUCUCUCAGCACUUGUGAAUGCUUUCGGACAUCCAAACUACAAAAUCGGAGCUUUCACUGUUGUUCUCCUAGAAGGAAUUUCUAGAAAACAUCCAGCAAUGAGAAUAGUUAUGGUUGAAGAAAUUGAGAGAUUAGCUUUCAGAAAGAACGUAAAUGAACGAGCUCAUCUCUACGCAAUGACGUUCCUUUCUCAAAUGAAAUUUUCGAAAAAGGACUCGGAUCUCUGUUGUCGUCUCAUGUCAAUUUACUUGUCAUUAUUCAAGACUAUCGUAGGAAAGAAAAUCACUGACAAUCGCCUUCUUCCAAUUAUUCUUGCCGGUGCAAAUCGUGCAUUCCCAUUCGCAAAAGACGCUGAUAAGCUUCUUGAAGAUGUCAAGGAUGUUUAUUUUUUGGCUCACAACUCCAACUAUCGAACUGCAAUUCCGGCUCUGAAGUUAUUGUUCCAGUUCCAUAAAAUGAAUGACUACGUGUCGGAUCGUUUCUACAAUGCUCUGUACAGGAAGCUUCUUGAUAAUUGUCCAGCCGGCGCUUAUGCUCAACUUCUCAAACUCAUGUUCGACACAAUGAAGGAGGAUUCAUCGGCUCAAAGAGUUCGAACAUUUGUGAAGCGUCUUCUGCAAGUGGCCGUAAAUUCACAACCAGAUUUCACUGCCAGCAUUCUGAUCCUCAUCUCUCGUCUUCAAAAGUUGAGAGGAACAACUGAGAAGCUUGUUGUCCUUUCGAAAGAUAUUGAUCCAGCCGCUCGUGUUGUUGCUCAAAUGCAGAACGAUGAGGAUGAUGAGGAGCGAUACGUUGAUCUGGAUGUUGAAGGAAACGAAAUUUCUCGGAACGGAGUGAAAAAAGAGGAAAAGGAAGAAGAGGACAUUGUGAUUGAGGAAAAUGAAGACGAGGAUAAGAAAAAGGUUCAGCCAGGAAAACUUGGAGCAUCCUCAUCUGGCGGCUGGGUUCAUCGAAGCAUUGGUGCUCGAGGAGCCAAGACUCCGUAUGAUUCUGUUGCUCGUAAUCCAUUAUUCGUUGAUGCAUCUCACACAGCUGACAGCGAACUUCUUCUUCUUUCAAAACAUUAUCAUCCUUCUGUCGCAGUUUUUGCAAAAGCUCUCAUGGAAGGAAGAGAAAUCAAUUACGGAGGAGAAGCUUUGAAUGAUUUCACAUUAAUGGCAUUCCUGGAUCGAUUCGCUUUCCGUAAUCCAAAAGAUGUCACUAAGACUACUGGAACCAGAAUUGUUAGAAAGAAGGCACACGAUCCAUGGGGAGUCAGAAAAUUGGCAGUUGGAUCAAACGAAUACACCCAAAAGCGUCGUGAAGAGAUUCCAGCCGACGAGCGCUUCCUUCAUCGUUAUACGUCAAGUCUGCAGAAGGAAAAGAAGGUGAAAAAGGAGAAUGGCGACGAUGAUUGGGAGUAUGCAGAAUCUGUAAGCUCUGCCGAAUUUGAUCAAUUACUCGAGCGAUUCGAACCGGGAGAGCUCAACGAAGAAUUUGAUAUCGACUAUAGUAAAGAGUUUGGAGCUGAAAAGAGCAAGAGAAAUAAGAAGAAGGAUGUUGAGGAGGAUGACGUGGAUAUGGAUGAAGAUGAUGAUAUUGACUUGAAUGAUUUGAAUGAGGAAGAAGAUGGUGGAAUGGAAGAUGAUGAUGAGGAUGAUGGUGAUAUGGAUGAUGAUGAUGAAGAUGACGAAGACGCUGAAGAUGAUGAUGAAGUAGAUGAUGAUGAUGAGGAUGAUGAUGAAGAUGGCGGCUUUGGAGGAAAGAGUUCUGCGAAUAUCUUUGGAGAUGCUGACGAGUCUAGUGAUGAAGAAAUCGGAGCUAAUGAUUACGAAAUGGCCGGAGAUAAAUUCGCAGAAAUGUUGGAAGAUUUGGAAGAGGACGAUGGCAAACGUGGAAAGAAGAAAGGUGGAAAGAAGAGAGGAUCGACUGGAGGUUUCAAGAGAGGUGGAGCCAAAAAGUUCAGAAAGCGUUAAAGCUUUUGGAUUCAUUAAUUGUUAUUUGUUUUUCUCUGUUGUUUUUUUUUGAAUUUUGUUUUCGUAUAUUUUAUCAUGUUGACGGAAUAAAUGUUAUCCUUG